AUGAUUCCCACCAAGAGGAUGGAUUUGACCGGGCGGAAGCCCCUCUAUCGCCUCUCCGCUACUCCUGCGCCUCCUACCACCCCGCAGACCUCGAAUGUGAAGCCCGCAGCCCAAACACCGACGCAUCCUCCGGCACCGCAGUACCAGCCAUGGCAGCAAACUCCUCCGCAUCCAUAUCCCGCACUGUCACCUCAUGGACAGCCUUCGCAAGUCCUCUCACCGUACAAUGAAACCAAUCAUGGCACCGACAUGCAGGCUGCGCGACGACGCGGACGAAUGCUAUUCGAAAACGAACUCAUCAUCCUCUUCAAGGGCUGUAUCGAGCGGAAGGAUAUGUACCUGACCAACCCGAACCGAAACGCAUUUUGGGACAACGUGGCCGGGUAUAUGAACAGCUUCACAGGGCGGAAUUUCUCGCCCCCGUCCUACCAGCAGAUCGUGACGGACCGAAGCAUCGAGCGUCGAACGCAUCGACGCGACAUCGCAAAUGGAAAGGCCCACGUGGAGCCCCCCAACGCCCUCACGACUGUGAUCGAUCAGUGGAUUGCGAUGGAGGAUGAUAUACUAAAGCAGACGAGCGAGAGCGAGUUUCUGUCGCAGAAACGGCCCGCACCGGACGACCCCAGUACGCAGGAUGCCAACCAGGCUAAACGAUUGCGUCCGCAUACGGCAGAUGCUCCCCAGGCCACCCCCUCGAGUCCUUCUCAAGUGCGUCGCGAGGUGGACGGGAACAGCCUUGCCCGAGCCUUGGUGCACGAAGUACGAGAUCUACGGCGGGAGGUGGAAGAAGUCCAUCGGAAACUGGACUUGGUUUUGGAAACGCUCAAAGCGGUGAAAGAGAGUCCGGAUAAUGUGAACUCCGAGGAAAGAUGA